CCUCAUGGCUUAAUGUUUUAGAUGGCAUAAAAGAAGGGACAGCAAGGAUUGAAGGUUAUUGAUGGGUUCAGUGUCUUCUGGAGGAAGCAAAGUUUCUGACAACUGUUUCAAUCAUCAUGGCUUCCCCCCCUUAUGGAUGCAAACUGGGCCUAAACUCCACGUACUUUAACCUUUGUGACAUCAAGAAUCCUUGGGGGAUUGUUCUAGAGACAUUGGCAGCAGCUGGAGUUUUGACCUCAGUUGCCUUCAUGGUAUCUCUUCUUAUUCUCAUCUGCAAGGUCCAAGACUCCAAUCGUAGAAAAGUCCUCCCUACCCAGUUUGUCUUUCUCCUGGGUGUGUUGGGUCUCUUUGGCCUCACCUUUGCCUUUAUCAUCAAACUGAAUGACAUGACUGGUCCCACGCGUUUCUUUCUCUUUGGAGUCCUCUUUGCUCUCUGCUUCUCUUGCUUACUAGCUCAUUCAUUCACCUUGGCCAAGUUGGUCCGAGGAAAGAAGCCCCUCUCAUUGCUGAUGAUUCUAGGCUUGGCCUUGGGCUUCAGCUCGGUUCAGGACAUCAUUGCUGUUGAGUAUGUUGUCAUUACCAUGAACAGGAACAACACUAAUGUCUUUGCUCAAAUGCCACAGACCAGGCUCAAUGAAGAUUUUGUAAUGCUGCUGAUCUACGUCCUUUUUUUGAUGGCUUUCACUUUCAUCAUGUCUAUAUCCACCUUCUGUGGCUCCUUUACUGGUUGGAAGCGGCAUGGUGCACACAUCUUUAUUACCAUGCUUUUGUCCAUUGCCAUCUGGGUGGCAUGGAUUACUUUGCUUUUUCACAAAUCCUUUGAAUCAGAGUGGGAUGACACCAUCCUCAGCACUGCCUUGGUUGCCAAUGGCUGGGUCUUCCUAUUAAUGUACAUUUUGCCUGAGUUUAUCCUCCUCACCAAGCAACGUAACCCAAAGGACUACCCUAUGGAAGACAACUUUUGUAAACCUCAAUUCAUGAAGCAGAGCUAUGGUAUGGAGAACAGAGCCUACUUGCAAGAGGAAAUCACUCAAGGCCCUGAAAACCCUGGCAGCUCACUCUAUGCUCCAUACUCUACCCAUUUUCAGCUACAGAAUCGGGACUCUCAAAAGGAUUUCUCUAUCCCACGACCCAAGACCCGUUCAAGCCCCUAUGAUGAUUAUAGUGGAAGGAAAGUGGGCAAUUAAUAUUGCCAUGAAAAACGAGAAGAUAAACACAAAACGUCAGCAGAACCAACUAAGGGUCUACAGGGAUAUGGGAUAAACCCUAAAUCCGCCAAGAAAACUGGACUAAAGGGGGCUAAUUACAAUAGGGGCCAUGGGGAAACCUUCCCUCUCCUUGACCCAACUCUCUCCUAACUCUUGGAAAGAAGGGGGUAAAUCAGGCUGAUGUUGUAUAUUGUACAAUGUUGUAUAUUUCUUUCCUUGGUCUCCACCCCAAAGUAUUUUGUUUCACAAGUAGUUUUUGUCAACUCAGGAUUAGAACCUCCUGAGGUUCAAGGUGAGGGAGGCCUCCAUCUCAGUAUGUGUGACCUCCUAGUUGGUCAUUCUGAAUGCAUAUCUUUGGUUCAUUGAGCUUUACAAAUUCAACUCAUCCUUUGGAAGACAGGUAAUCUGGCUCUUUUCUUUGUGUUCCAUGGGCUUUGGAAAAAACAGGAUUGAAAAACUGAAUAAAGGGGUAGCUAGAUGGUGCAAUGGAUAGAGCACCAGCCAUGGAGUCAGGAGUACCUGAGUUCAAAUCCGGCCUCAGACCUUAACACUUACUAGCUGUGUGAUCCUGGGCAAGUCACUUAACCCCAAUUGCCUCACUAAAAAAAAAAAAGAAAAAGAAAAACUGAGUAAAAACAGUUAAAAACCAAACCAACCUCCCAAUCUCUGCCUUAGUCUAUGCCCCCAAAUUAACUCCCUGACACUUAUCUUUCUGUAUGGGCACGAUGGAUUUCCCUCUAAGGUUCAGCGCUCUCCACAGACCUGUCCAACAUACUGACCUCUUAUUUUCCUUGGCAUUAUUUCAUAGGCCAAACCUUCCAUUUGUUUCCCAUUAGGUUCCAAGUCUAAUGCUUUAUCCAGAGUUCCCAUUCGAGAUGUCCCUUGCUUGAAUAAGCCUGAUGCUCUUUUCUCAGAAGAAUUUGCUCUGUUUUGGAAACAAAGCUGAGGCACUGACCCUGAUUCCUAAACCUGACCAUGCAUCCAUCCUCUGUAAAUAUUGCCUUUACCCAUCCUGUUCAGUCAAUGUGUGGAUGUUGUUUACUAAUGUGGUAGAUUUUCAUUAUGUAAUAAGUUAUUUGUCAUUUCUUAAAUGGAAUAAGCAAUAAAGGGUGAGUUAGUGACUGAAGUAGUUUAUUCUCCACUCUUUCCAUGAACAGAGAGCAAGUUGUGUGGAUCAUCUAUCAUGGAAGCUAAAACAAGCUUUUGACAAAUGUUGGGCAGGAACUUGAGAGGCUGAAGUUCCUUCCUGAUGAAUUUUAAUUCAGCAGAGGGAGGCUGCAUCUCCCUUUGUCUACUCCACAUCUGGGAUGGGGGUGUCUUCCCCAGUGAAGUGGUCAGAAUGCUUCUUUCUGGGGAUGUGGGCAGCCAAUUUGUAGAAGCCAGGUCGGGUCAGAGU